AUGGGGCAAUGGUAUUUGCACUUCUUCAGAGUAAGACAACCCUUUUACUUCAUACUUUACGAUGAUAAACGCGACAAAUUACGUAAUUUCAGCGUCGGGAAGAGAAAAUUCCAAUCGAUGGAUACUUAAUGGUGGGCGAAGAACAAAUUCGACUCAAGAAGUUAAUUCUGCAACUCUGUUUGAAGCUCAAUGUAAGUGACUCAUCUACUACUCGACGAUUUACACAUGUGAUCUUAUUUUAGGUUUCCCCGUCAGAAUUAAAAUCGCUGAUAAAACAGAUGAAAGAUCUAAUCAAAAUCUCCGAGAACAAUAAUAUGCAAUAA